GCACCGACGAGGUCCCAGCAGGAAGCAACAGAACCUUCGUGAGCCACCAGCAGUGCCGGGACGCCCUGAGGCUGCAGGUGGGGCAGGACUACCUGCUCUGGGGCAUGGCCAGCGACCUGUGGGCCACCGGCAGCAGCUUCUCCUACCUCAUCAGCAAGGACACGUGGCUGGAGGCCUGGCCCUCGGAGGAGGCGUGCCAGCAGCCCGACCUCCAGGCCCGCUGCCAGGACUUCGUCAUGUUCGCCGAGUCCUUGACCAUGUUCGGGUGCCCGUCCUGA